GCGGACGUGCGCUCUCGGCUUCGUCUUCGCGAACCCCUGGCUUAGAGAUGCGCCGCUGCCGGGCCCUUACCUGCUCCAGGUGCGUGUGGAGGACCUCAGGAGCCUGCGUGCCAGAUGUCUGUGGAGCUUAAGAACACCAUGGAGCUCGUCAAAGUAUGACACUGAAGAAUAUGAUGGCUGAAAACAACUUAAAAAUGCUGAAGAUUCAGCAACGUGUAGCCAACAAACUACCUAGGAACAGACCAUACAUUUGUAACAUUUGCUUCAAGCACUUUGAAACACCAUCCAAGUUAGCUAGGCAUUACCUCAUUCAUACAGGUCAAAAGCCGUUUGAAUGUGAUGUAUGUCAUAAACACUUUAGACAGCUAGUUCAUCUGGAGAGGCACCAGUCAACUCACAGUUUACCUUUCAGUUGUAACAUCUGCCAGCGCCACUUUAAAAAUCUGAAGACGUUGGGGAAGCACCAGCAGCUUCACAGUGAAUCCUAUCACAGUGAUGUUAAAGUCAGAAGAUUGCUUGAGACCAAGCCAGAGAAGCCUGUGUAUGGAGUAUAUAAUACUUUCACUGCAGAGGAAAGACGGGCACUACACCCAUGCUCUAAGUCUGAUCCCACGUAUAGCACUACAAAGAGAAGAAAGCAUAUUCAUGCAUGUACAAUCUGUGGCAAAAUGUUUCCAUCACAAUCAAAACUUGAUAGGCAUGCACUUAUUCAUACUGGGCAGAGGCCUUUUAAAUGUGUCCUGUGCAGUAAAUCUUUCCGACAGUCAACUCACUUAAAAAUCCACCAACUCACACAUUCAGAAGAAAGACCUUUUCAAUGUUGUUUUUGUCAAAAAGGAUUUAAGAUUCAAAGCAAACUUCUGAAGCAUAAACAAAUCCACACUAGGAAUAAGACUUUUCAGAAUCUUUCUUUAAAAGUAAAGAGUCCUGAAUCAUGUCCCCUACCUAAUAAAUUAAAUGCAAAGCAGGAUGCUUUUGAAAAUGGUGAUAUGGGUGAAUCUGAGGAGAAUAAUCCUCUUGAUGUCCACUCUAUUUAUAUCGUCCCUUUUCAGUGUUCAGAGUGUGAAGAAUGCUUUGAGUCAGAGCAGAUUCUCAAAGGACACAAGUGUCUUCCUGCCAGAGGUGGCAGAAUUCCAAGCAGGCUCAAAAGAAGCUGUAACUAUAAGACCGUUGUUAAAAAGCUCUUGGCUAAACUUAAACGUGCUGGGGGUAAAAAAUCAGAUAACCUUCAAUCAGAGAAAAGAACAUUUAAAAGCAACUGCUUGAAAAAUUGCGAACGUACCCCUGGAGAGCAGAACGUGGAACAAACUCAGAGAACUUUUGUGGGUUCCCUUGGCAGACAUGGAUCAUGUAAGGCAGUUAGCAAAAAGAAGAAGAAAACACUAACUUUGCCAUUUUCUUGGCAAAAGCAAUUCCAGAGCCAAAAUAUGGGUAAAAGUUUGCAAGGUAUCUUUACAACAGGAAGCCUAUUAACUAUGGAUGGUUCUGUGAAUAAUAAAGACUUGUCAAUCUAUGGUUCGUCAGGUGAGGAAUACUUUAAUAACUGUGACAUGCUUCAGUGUGGGUUUUCAGAUUCAAGUGAAAAUAUACAUACUGGACAUAAAAUGUGCCCCUGUGAUAAAUGUGAGAAAGUGUUUCCUUCUAUCUCUAAACUACAAAGACACUAUUUAAUUCAUACUGGACAGAGGCCUUUUGGCUGUAAUGUUUGUGGGAAAUCUUUCAGACAGUCGGCUCACUUAAAAAGACAUAAACUAACUCAUAUUGAAAAGAUUCCCUAUAGUUCCUUUUGGCAAGUGGACUUUGGAAAUGUGAACAAACUUUUUCUUCAUCCAAGUGAUGAUGUUAGCUAUAAUGCCUCCCAACAGUGUGAGGGGCUUAGUUUUCAAAAGUAUGAGGGCUCAGAGUCCAAUCAAGUAUCGGGGACUGAAGUCAAGGCAGAAUCAGAGGAUUUCGUUCUCGGUCCCCACUGUAGGAACAGGCAGUCUUACCUCACUAACACACUUUUGGAGUCAGAGCAGAGCCGUCACUGUUACAAUUAUUUAGACCGUCCUGAAAGAAGUGAUGGGCUCCUUUACCAGUGCAGUGUGUGCUGUAAAAAUUUCCGGUCUCCGUCCAAACUAGAAAGACACUAUUUAAUCCAUGCAGGGCAGAAACCAUUUGAGUGCUCAGUCUGUGGCAAAACAUUCAGACAAGCACCUCACUGGAAGAGACAUCAGCUCACUCACUUUAAAGAACGGCCACAGGAGAAAGUGGUUGUUCUAGAUUCAGUAAUAUAACAAAAACCACUAAUGCAUUUGUGGUCUCUGGUGAUAUAAUACCCUCUGAGACAUUUUGCUGAAGGCCUACAUUAGAGAAUGGCUUCAUAGGCAAUUGCUUGUCUUGCAUAAUAAGGAGUAAGUUAAAUAAAAUCAGUGUUUUAGAAACAGCCGAAUGACUUGAGAAGGAAUAGCAUGGUUUGAUGCCAUAACUAAGUAUCUAAGGUUGUCAGUGUAUAACUUUGGUUGUAUUAAAAGGUGAGGCAGAGGCAGGCGGAUCUCUGUGAGUUCGAGGCCAGCCUGGUCUCCAAAGCGAGUUCCAGGAAAGGCGCAAAGCUACACAGAGAAACCCUGUCUCGAAAAAACCAAAAAAAAAAAAAAAAGUAUGAAUCCAUCAUCAAUUUGACCUGAUUUGUUGAAUUACUCCUUAAGACAUUGUAUCAAUAUAUAUAUAUAUAUAUAUAUAUAUAUAUAUAUAUAUAUAUAUAUAUAUAUAUAUAUGUAUGUGUAUGUAUAUGUAUACCUCCCAAAAUGAGGCCAGAAUUGCCAUUCGGCUAUAGUAACCCACCCUGCCAUAAUUUAUUUUACAUGGACACUUACUUAAGUUCUAUUGCAAAACAUUUUUCUUACAAGUUAAAAGAUAAGAGGACAACAGAUAUGGAAACAGGUGGGGGAAAUUACAACUUUUUCACAGUGAUUUUUUGAGACUGGCAAUUUUACCUUCUUAGUCAGAAGUGUCCCCUCCCCAUCUAGGCUGCUGUUAUUUUUCCCUAAGGAACUGAAACAUUACACCCGUGAGUAUUUACUAUCCAAUACUGUUUACAUUUACACGGGUAUUUCCCAAGUGCCAUGAGCUUUUCUGAUAUGUCUGCAGUUGUAUCUUUUUAGACAUUUAAAUGCAGUGCACCUGUUUGCCCAUUAGUGGUUGAGAGCAGUAGCCAGGAACAAAACUUUGCUUUAACAGCUCUUUGAGUGGCCCUGGCUUAAAUAAGUCUAUUCUGCCAAAUUUGAUCAAAUGGUGAUAGCUAUGUAGUUUCGGUUUUCGCACCUCUGUGAAAGACACUAAUGCUAUAGUAUUGUUUUAAUCUUUGUUGUUACUUCAGUUAGUAAGGAUAUUGUCCCUGUAUAGGAAUAAGAUGCUGCUAGAGUUCAGGGCAUCAUUUUUUUCUAAACAGUAUUGUCAUAAUUUGACAAAAUAUUUCAUUUACUCCUAAUCUUCGAGAGAAGUAUCUCAGUCACAGAUUGUCCUUCACAUUUGUGGCAGUUUGUAAGAUCAUUGACUAAUAUCUUCUAGCAGUAAAAAGAGUAACUGUUCUGAGGUGAAAAGAAAUGGGUGGGAAUUUAGCACACUUAAAUAUAGUGAAAAGCCUGCUGCUGGAAGUGUGGGCAGUUAAGUAAGUGUAAACAUUGAUAAUGGUGUAAGAGCUGUACUUUGUGAGGGGAGGAAAAGGGAAAAACUUUCAACCCACAUGAAUCUUAUGAACUUGGGUUUAAUUUACAGAGAUAAAAUGUGAUGGUAUGAGUAAAAUACCCGAAUGAUAUACAGAUGUGCCUAUUUUUAAGUAGAGAUGUUCAUCUAAAGAGGAGAGCCACAUGCUUGAAGGAAUAACUUCUCUUCUGUUUCUUUGAGAUAUGAGGUGUGUUUUUCCAGCACAAGCAAGAUAUGGUUUACAGAAUUGUCUUUGCACAGAACUCUUGCAGGAAUUGUUGCAUAAAAGCAAAGCAUAAAUAGUUCAUGUUUUCCAAGAGUAAAAGUUCAAGAAUUAUUUAAUGUGUAAAAUUAUGGAUUUGGGCAUUUCCCAAAUUAUUUAUAUAAUUUUAUUUGAAGGGAAAUGCCUGACAUAUUUCUUUCCCACCUAAACAGGGAGAGUUGAAUGUUGUGCUCGUAUGACUAUGAAUCUUUGCCUGAGUAAUAAUAAGAUGCUUUGUUUGUUUUGGUUUGUUUUUUGGUGGGUUUUUUUUUUUUUGGCUCAUGCCUUUUAAAGCUGUUUCAUAUUGAAAGUUGGAAUACUGUAAAAAUUUUGUCAAGAGAUGUACUGUAGUGCUAUUUGAAGUACCUGUAACAAAAUACUUACCUUAUUAUCAUUGCAAGCUUCUUCUGGGAACUGUAGAAGUGAAAAUAAAGUACGAAUUCAUGUUAAGAUAAACAUGUUAAAUGAUGGUUUGCUGCAUGCUAGAACUGUACUUAUUGUUGAGUCAAUUAUUUUGGUUUUCUGGAAAAAAUAAACUUUAUAAAUAUCUUUUAAGAGAACUAGAAUUUUUUUGUUUGGGUGGUUGGAGGUUUUAGCAUGAUUAUUUACUGAAGGAGUUUAAUUAGCUGAGCUAGAGCAAUUACUGCUUCAUGUUUCAUACUGCAACAGUGUCUGUGAUUUUAUUAAUAUACGUUAUAUGUUGAUGGGAAGUAGAUAAUGGUUAACGUUCUUGAAAAACUCAAAUUUCAGAAUAAUUUAAAAAUAAAGUUUCAAGUUACA